AUGUCGGGAGAUACCACUUCUAACUCAGACGAUGAUCGUCCCCUAGCCUCAUCUAGCCCUGUCAAGGGUGUCAACGGCCACCUCAAUGGCAAAAAUCCUGACUAUAGCGACGUCGAGAUGGACGACGACGACGGAGAUGAAGAUGACAUUCCUCUGUCACAGACGAGGCGAGCCUCGGUUCUUCCUCCCCGCCGUUACUUGAAACGGAAGAAGGCAGCCGUUUCCGAAAGCUCAAGUGACGAUGACACUCCUCUCGCCUCGUCACCUCCCAAACAAUCUUCCACUGCAGUUCGUAUGCCAGGUGCAGUGGUUGCGACCACCGUUCCCGUCUCCGUUGCCCAACGCAAUGGUCUGAAAAAGCAGGUCGCUGUUAAAGAAGGACCCAGCGAUGACGAGGAGUCGAUUCAAACGCCGGUCAAGAAGAAACCACCGCGAAAGAGGGUGAAGAAUGAGGGUUCGGGCGCAGGCGCGAGUAAGCCUUCCCGAAAGCGGAAGGUCAAGGUGGAAAGUGACGUGGAACUGUCCGACGACGACGACGACGACAAGCCUAUCGCUAAGGCAUCGGCAAAGAAGGUGAAGAAUGAAGAUACUGAAUCUUCGUCUGAGGACGACAAACCUCUCGCCACACCGUCCCCGCAGAAAGCAAAGGACGGAUUUGGCGAAGAUUUGUCAAAGUCUAAGAAGAAGGCAACAAAGAAGAAAGUAGAGGAAGACAAGGCCAACGGGAAGGGCAAGCGAAAAGCCAAGAAGGAAGAGGAGGACGAGGAGGUUUACCGUUGGUGGGAUAUCAACAUUAAGGAGGACAACACCGUGAAGUGGAUAACGCUUGAGCACAGUGGUGUCUGCUUUCCCCCACCUUAUGAAGUUUUGCCUUCAAACGUGAAGAUGAAAUACGAUGGCAAAGAAGUAGAUCUACCCCCUGCGUCGGAAGAGGUAGCCGGUUUUUAUGCCGCUCUGCUUGAAACCGACUACGCCCAGAACAAUACUUUCAACAAAAAUUUCUUUGAAGAUUGGAAGAAGGUCUUAGAAAAUCACCCGCCGCGUAAUGACGUUCAGAUCACAUCAUUCGCAAAAUGUGAUUUCCGUCCCAUGUUUGAGCACUUUGAAGCGGAGAAAGCGAGAAAGAAAGCUAUGUCAUCCGCAGAAAAGAAGGAACUCAAAAAGAAGAAGGAGGAGACAGAGGCUAAAUACACGGCGUGUCUUCUCAACGGUCGAAAGGAGAAAGUGGGUAAUUUCAGAAUAGAACCUCCCGGCCUUUUCAAAGGACGGGGUGAACAUCCUAGAACAGGAGCCCUCAAGUUCCGAAUACGACCGGAGGAUAUAACGUUAAACAUCGGGAAGGACGCACCUAUUCCUAUUCCCAACAUGCCUGGGAAAUGGAAGGCAGUACAGCACGACAAUACGGUGACUUGGCUGGCUACUUGGACAGAGAAUGUUAAUGGGAAUCACAAAUACGUUUUCCUUGCCGCCGGAAGUUCACUUAAGGGUCAGAGCGACAUGAUAAAGUUCGAAAAGGCUAGAGAGCUCAAGAAACACGUUGACAGAAUCCGUAACAAUUAUACGUCUGAUCUCAAAUCCAAAGUCAUGGCAGAACGUCAGCGUGCUACUGCGAUGUAUUUCAUCGACAAGCUUGCCCUUCGAGCGGGCAACGAAAAAGGUGAAGACGAGGCUGAUACUGUCGGCUGUUGCUCUCUUCGCUGUGAACACGUUACUCUGGAGCCCCCUCACUUCAUCAUUUUCGACUUCUUGGGGAAAGACUCGAUUCGAUACUACAAUCGAGUCCAGAUUGAUCCUCAAGUUUACAAGAAUAUCAAAAUAUUCAAGGAGAAUAAGGAUGACGACGACAGCUUGUUUGACCGAGUGAAUACAUCGGGGCUAAAUAAACAUCUGAACUCGGAAAUGAAAGGCUUGACUGCGAAGGUGUUCCGUACCUAUAACGCCUCAAUCACCUUCCAGCGACUGCUCGACGAAGCCAACCUUGAGAACGCCUCAUUGCAAGAGAAGCACAAUGCUUAUAACAAGGCCAACCGGUUGGUCGCCAUCCUCUGCAACCAUCAAAGGAGCGUUCCAAAGACGCACGACCAGUCAAUGGAAAAAAUGCGAUACAAGCUCAAAGCACUCAGAUAUGAUCGCAUGAAACUUCGCCAUGCGCUUUUCGGUUUAGACCUGAAGUACAAGAAGCAAGCAAAAUUCAGGGAAGAUGAUGAUGAAUCAGACUUAGAACUUGAUUGGAUCGCGACGCACGAGGAAAACCUCAAAGCAAAAGAAAUAGAGAAGGCCGAGAAAAGGUUUGCCAAAGACAACGAAAAACUCGUGGAGGACGGGGGCAAGCCCCAAAAAGAUUUAAUACUGAAGCAUAAGAUCGAAAACAUCGAGAGGGAGUUCAAGCAAUUGGAGUCGGAGCGUGGUAAAGAGACGGCGACGUUGAAAACCUCGAAAACGGCGGAGAAGAUUAUAGAACAGAUUGAGAAAGCCACGGAGAAGAUUAAGACCUGUAAAUUACAGAUGAUGGACAGAGAUGAAGGCAAAGAGGUUGCACUUAGUACCAGUAAAAUUAAUUAUCUCGAUCCGCGCAUUACCGCCUCUUGGUGCAAGAUACAUGAUGUUCCCAUCGAAAAGCUGUUUUCCAAAACACUUCUUACGAAGUUUCCAUGGGCAUUGGAAGUUGACGAGGAUUGGAAAUUCUAG